AUGCUUCUGGAACCAAUUGCUAACACAAUUACCUCUGUAGAAGGUGACACACCAACGAUUUCAAAAUGUCUGCAUUUAUUUAAAAAAAUGGUUAACACCUCAUUAGAAAAUGUCACUAAAAGUCCAUUGUUAUCCAAAGAGGAAGCAGAUACAAGGGCAAUUUUUGAAAAUCGGAAGAAGUUUGAUAUUUAUAGUGUUCAUUUUGUAGCUAACCUUUUGGAUCCAAAAUAUCGUGGCUGCGAACUUAGCUCAGAUGAGAUGACUGAUGCGACAGAAGUCAUAUACAAGGUAGCACAGAAGAUGCCAGAUGUCGAUGAAGCAGCCGUCUUAGCUGACGUUGUCAAUUUUAUUGCAAAAGGACUAUUCAAAAAGGCUUUUCUAUGGAAUGAGGACACAAUUGCAGCUAUCAGCCCUAUUGCCGCACUCUCCAAGUUGGCGAUUCAUUUUCUAGAGUUGCCAGCGACAUCAGCAGCAUGUGAAAGAUCCUUUUCUUCAUAUUCGGGAAUUCACACCAACAAGAGAAACAGGCUGACCAAUACUCGAGCGUCAAAAAUCGUGUAUGUGGCUCAUAAUUUAAAAUUAAUGGCUGAACUACAGCCAAGUGAAUCAUCCAGUUCAGAAUCAAUUGCUGGCCCUAGCUUCACAGUCAAUCCUGCAUUAGAAUCUGAACCGGAACCAAUGAUAAUAUCCAAUUCAGAUCAGUCGGAGUCUGUCUUUGAAAGCGAUGAAGAGGAAGCUUCAGAGUCUGAAGAAAAUGCAGAUAGCGACGGGACGGAUCAGUGUUCAUUUAAGGGAUUCGGUUAAUUAAUUGAACCUUUUCAAUCAUUAAGACGUUGUUUUUUUUAUUUGAUAAAUUUUUAUUACUUAUUUUUGCUUUGAUUUUGCAAGUUAACGAAUAAACUCUUCUUAUUUUGUUUAUA